AUGGAAAUUUCUCACUCGAUUGCUUUGUUCGUCAAGGACUUCUGUGAUCGAGUGCGCGUGACAGACAUUCCUCUGAUUGAAGCCGUCGGCUGCUCCUCCAACAAGAAGCGUAAGCGCCCGGCGGACUAUCGAAUAUUCGUUGGAAGACCCGGCCACUCAAAUCUGCAGCCGCACUUGCAGCGUCUGGUUCGUGAACUCUUAUCUGCGAGUGCGUCGUGGAGUGUGCCUCUUUGCAGUUGCCAGUUCCUGUCACCCUCUUAUGUCGAUAUUUCCCUGAGCCGAGCUGCAGCCUACAGUUCAUUGUUUCAUUUUAUACUUGGCACGCGAGGAGCAAACUGUCGGCAGCAGCGGGGCGGCAGCGAAAAUGUGCUGGUGUUUGUCCCUCACCUAGAUGACUCAUUCACAGGAAUACGAACUGAAAUGUUAGCUGCCUAUGCUUCAAGGUGUUAUGCUGAGAAGAAUGUAGAUGUUACUAUCUAUGCCAGCAAGCCAUUACAUGCACUAGCGCGUCAUGCUUUCCAUAACGUAAUAGCGUGUAAUGAAGGCUUUCCAUAUGGGACACAUGGAAAUGACAUGGCUUGCCUGAUUAAGUGCACGAAAUUUUUUGAUGAGGGUGACAUGACAUUUGAUCUUAAAAGCUACGUUGUGAGUGAAGGUGUCGAUGUGUCUGGUUAUGACGUGUACCUCGGCAAAGUGAGCAUUGAAAGCCCUGCAUUUUUGAUUGCAUGUCAACUUGCAUGCAUCCUCAAAACUCACUGUGACGCUAAGCCUAGCACCGUCCUUAUUGUUGUCCCGGCCUAUAAAAGCUUUGUGGUACAACAAGCUGGGCUCUUGUGCUCAAUAAUGCUUGCCCAGGAACAGCGAAACAGGCCCCAGCCAACAGUGCUUUAUCUGAUUCAUGAGGGAACUUUCGAACUAAGCGACCGCACCUUUGAUGACUACUUGCAACAGAGGAGGACUUUUGUGACUGGAGCCUUUCACCGUCCUCAAGUAGACCUGCUGGCCUCUGCUGGAGGAUGCUGUUUUGAAGAUGAGUCAUCACUGACUGGCAACAACUUACAGGCAGCAAUUGAUGUGCUCGUGGAAACUGAAGUCACUUAUGAGUUCCUUUCAAGCAAGCAGAAUGUCAAGUUGAAACUGCGUGAGCGCUUAAGCCAGGCAGAAAAGGGCCGUUACGUUUCCCAGUACACAUUGGCUAGGAUUGCUGCUAUACUAAACAAGUACGAGUCAUAUGUGAAAGCAGGCACUUACCCAGCACUGUGCAGUCUGGAAGACGUCGACUUUGACCUGCUCUCCGAAGAGUCGGAGUGGCUUCUCUGGCACAGACUGUUGCUGUGCUGCCAGGUGCUCGAAGAACCCAUGCCCCAGACGCUGUCUGGCAGCGUCAAAGUCGAAGUCAACGCACACAGUCUUCUCAGAGCCCUGGAGGCACUCUGCACAGAGUUCAGUGCCUACUACAGCAAGAUCCGUGUUCUCGUUCAUCCAGAGCCACACUUGAACGCCACUGUGUUUGCACGAAUCUGGCUCCUCAAGGCUGUUCAGAAGACGGUGCUUGGUGUACUGAGCAGGUUCGGCUUGAAAGGGCUGGACAGAAUGUGACUUGUUUAUUCGCUUAUGUAGGGCUACUUUGAUGUGUGAAUGUUUCUUUGCUGAACGGAUUGGACAGAAUGUGAUUGCAAUAGUUUUACAUUUGUUUUUUUUACAUGUGAAUGUUCCUUUCUGCUGAUGUGUUCAUUUCCAAUGCUUGAGGUGUUGUUUAACGAGGCAGGACAUAACGAUGCUGCUGCUGGUUUUCUGUGUGGUUCUUUACUUCGUAUUUUGUGGGCCACAUGCAAGGUUUUGGUUGCAAGGACUGCAAGAAAUUUGCUUGUUACAUAAGUAGGCCAAUUUAAAAGAUGUACAGAUAUGUUUCUAAGUUGGGCUUUUUGUGUGCAUUAUGCAUAAAUUUCACUUUGAUGAUGUUUUGGGUUGAUAUCUGAGGUUUAUUUUGAAAUUGUUGCACAAAGUGCUAUUAUUUUCACACCGUGCUCCUUUGUGUGUGAAUGUUUCCUUUCGACAAUUUACUGGUAGUAGUUUGGUAGUUGAGCUACAGUGGCUCCAAAGGGGUCCAAUAUGUAAACGGUGCUUGGGUCGGUGAGUGAAGUGAAGGUAAACUUUUUAAAAAAUGGCACCUUAUGCCAUUGCAACAGUGUCAGGCAUACAAUGUAUGCGCAUAUAAGUGUGAGCAUUUGUUGGAUCGCAUUGUUUGUAUACUUUUAUUUCUUGUCAAUUUGCAAUAUGUUGUUCUAAGCAAACCUCUACACUAUGUGGAUUUUCUUUUUCUUUCAUACAGUGUUGCUCUGCAAUAGCAGCUACAGUCAGGAAAAGAAUACCCUGGUUACAUGGCCAGUCAGUGCACAAGAAUUAUUUCAACUACAAUACAGAAGCAUGACCGGAGACAGUACGCUUGAAAUGCACUUCAGCAAACUGAGAAAUUUAAUUAAAAACAGUAACUUAUUUUGCAGGUGGAACUACACGUAGUUGUCUCAAAACAGUUAUGGAAUGUGCAAUUCAGUUCAUUUGUAAAUUUUGUUAGCUCUUUGCAUGCUGGGUAUUGUGUCUGUCCUCGGUGGGAUAGCUUAAAUCGGUUUUAAAUCACUGCAGUGCUUGUGGUAACCUAAGCAAUCUGCUAAUAUAACUUAGAGCGUGCAAACACACUUGCGCACAUAUUUAAGUUAUCUUGUAAUGUUCUUUCCAUGGCAUUGAAAAGUAAUGAACCUGUUCACAAUAAAAUAGUUAUAACAACACA